AUGGCCUCCCGUGAGCCAUAUGACAGCGAUGAAGAGGGCGACGCCAUCCCUCUGCAGCACCAGCGCCAAUUCGGAUCGGGUCUGCACCGCAGGCCCAUCGCCUUUGUCCCCGCAGUCUCGGGGUCUUCGGCAACAUCUGAGAGCAGGUCAGAUGCAGCAACAGCGUCCGUCGCCGAUCUCUAUCUGGAUAUCGUCUUGGGGAAGGAGUCGGGGUCAACCACUCCGGACGUGGCGCCGCCGCAGGUCUGUGAGGUGUGUCAAUUGCCGCUGGAUGGAGAGUCGUUAGAAUCUACCGCGGGCAAGCAAAAGUUCAAGAAGCACGAGACGUCGCUGGCUCAUCAGGUAUGCCUGGCGCACUCGCAUCCGCCCUCGGCCCUUGACCGAAGGCGCCUGGGCAUGUCGGUCCUGCAGUCACAGGGGUGGGACCCCGACUCGCGAGUUGGUCUGGGUGCCCAAAAGCAAGGUCCACAGUACCCCAUCAAGGUGAAAGAGAAGAACGACACGCUGGGUAUCGGCGUCCGGGUGCCCAAGAACCUGGAGAGGUUUAAGAAGGAGAGGGUACAGAAGGCCGAUGCAGGCAAGGCGCGCCAGAUGGCGGCCGAGGAUAAGCGGAGGCGAGAAAGACUGCAGAGGGAGUUCUAUGGAAACGGGGAGCUGGAGAAAUACUUGGGGAGGUGA